AAAUCUUUCUGAAGCUGCCUUGUUUUCAUCCUUCAUCUUUUCCAUGUUCAUAUUGAUCGAGAAAACCAGAAACGAAAAAGAGAAAAGAUUCACCUUUGACAAAUAAACUAUUCUUUUUCUUGCUAAAACAUGCCCACAUCAUCUUCCUCAUCAACCUCUCAUGGCUAAUAAUGGACAAUACAGACUUGCAAAAGCCAGAAAAACUUCCUUUACUGAAAUCAACUACAAACUCGUCCUCAAAUAUUACUGACCCUGAAGUCGAUGAAGAUGAACACCGUUAUACCAGCUUGAAAGACCUUAUUCUACGCUCGUCGUCAUCCUCAAUAUUACCCGGCCGCUCAUCCGUAUCUCAAGAAGGAAACAAUGAAUUCGAUUCUUCCAAGAUCGUCAUUAAGAACCGAUUGGUCAAGUCUGCAGCCUCCGCUUACCUUCAAUCAGCGGCGAUUCUGAUUAACCGGGAUGAGGGUUGGCUCUUGAACUUGUGGGGAAAGCUUAAGAACAACGUUGAAACAUCUUAUUCAUGUUGCAAUGUUUACAUUAGGGAGCCUUUAAAGGCUUGCUUUCAGCCGAUUUAUCAGUUUCUUGCUUGCACUUUAGGUGGUGCUUGGGGAAGAAUUUUCGGGUGUUAA